AUUCAAUCUGAUAAGAUAAAUUCAGUUUAAAAUUAAUACUAAAAAUGUUUUCGUUCACUGAAAAUUGGAAAUAUAUCGUAUUUUCUUGCCUAAUUGUGGUACUGACACUGGUUUAUUUGUUUCUAAAAUGGAAUUAUUCGUAUUGGGAUCGUCGAGGAUACAAAACCCUACCUGGAUACCAUUACCUUAUUGGUCAUUUAAAAGUUCCGCCAAAGACUACAAUGGCCUCUGUAUUCAAAGACAUGUACAAUUCAACGAAAGAGCCAUUCAUUGGGAUUUACACAUUGCUACGACCAAUAUUGUUGGUUCGUGAUCCCAAGCUAAUUCGCAUGAUUUUAAUCAAAGAUUUUUCACAUUUUACCGAUCGGAUUGUUGAAAUUGACAACGAUUAUGAUCCCAUACAAAGUCAUCUUUUCACAUUACCUGGUCAUAAGUGGAGAGGUUUGCGAUCAAAACUUACGCCGGCCUUCACAUCAGGUAAAUUGAAAGCGAUGUUCACAACCGUAGUUGAAUGCGGUUCAAAAUUGCAAAAUUAUUUAGAGAAACUAUCGCUCACUGGCGAAAUGUUGGACGUACGUGAAAUUUCAGCCAGACACACAACGAAUGUUAUAUCGUCGGUUGCAUUUGGCAUCGAUAUCGACACAAUUGCCGAUCCAAACAAUGAUUUUCGUAAAUAUGGUCGCAAAUUUCUUGAACCAAAUCUAAGAAGUAUGAGUGCUUUUAUUGCACCAUCACUUCUUCGAUUGCUACGCAUCAAAUUAUUGAGUUCAGAAGUUGAGCAGUUUAUCAUGUCGAUGGUUCAACAGAAUUUAGAAUAUCGUGAACAAAAUAAUGUGAGCCGCAAAGAUAUAUUUCAGCUAUUGAUCCAGCUUCGCAAUACAGGCACUGUACAGCUUGACGAUGAAUGGGAAACGGUGAUUAAGGGCGAUGAUGAGAAAAAAAUGUCACUCAAUGAAAUCGCCGCACAGACGUACAUAUUUUUUUUGGCCGGUUUUGAAACAUCAUCAACUACACUUACAUUUUGUUUGUAUGAACUGGUCAAGAAUCUCGAGAUUCAGAAACGCGUUCAGAACGAAAUCGAUCGCGUCCUAAAGGAGCAUGGCGGUAAAUUAACGUACGAUUCUCUUUUGGAUAUGAAAUAUUUGGAAGCGUGUAUUGAAG